UAUAAUUGCGUUAACUACACCAAGUGAACGAAAAAUAAGAAUAUUUAUUUACUGUUACCAACUUGGGUGAAAUAAUAGAUGACGUAUUUAUGCAAAGCGGUAAAUGAUCAUUAAAAAUUGAUAGUUUUUAUCAAAAUUAAUGUAACUGUCUAUGUCAGAAGUGGCAAAAGAUCGAUUGUUAGUCCUUGGAACAAGGUUUGCCACUUAUGAACAUGAAAAUGCAAAAAAAAAUAUUAGUAAUCAAUUACCUAUGAGCUCAUCCAUACUUCACCAUUCUGUUGCAAAUACAGCAAAUACAGAUAAAGCAUCUUUUUGGAAAAAAAAUUCUAGUAAAGUGCCUGGAAGACCUGUUUAUGGUGCUCAACACCCGCCUCUACAAGCUGUUGAUGCUCAUCUUGCAACAUAUAUUAAAGGUAGUCGAAUGAAGUUUAAAAAUGGAAACUCAUUUCAAGACUUUGAAGGUUCUACUUUAGAUGCAUGGGAUGAAGGUGACGACGAAUCACAUCUACCAAGUUCUCCAUUUAGGCAGUCUCAAAAUGAAGAAAUAUGCAGACCUGCUCUUGAAAGAGUAAAUGGUGAUGACUUACAAGAUCGCCAACCUCAAGCAAGUGGUAUCCAAGGAAGUGGUAUUCAGGAAGAAUCACGAGUUUCUAAACCAACUAGUUUAAAGCAAAUGAAGCUAAAAAUAUCUGAAAAGUUAGCCAAAGUUCAUGGAAACAGAAAUUUGUCUCCUGAGAAUGAACUUCCAUACAGCUUUCCCCCACAACCACCAUCUCCAAUUCACCAAAGUUCUGCUGACAUGAAAGAUCAAGAGAAUUCACGUCUAGAAAAGUUUGGCAAAAUGCUUGCUGGUCCAAUAACUGAUAUUGACCAACUACGUAAGUUGAGUUGGAAUGGAAUACCUGAUGUUGUGCGUGGCAAUACUUGGAGAUUGUUAUCGGGUUACUUGCCACCAAAUAUUGAUCGUCGACAAGAAACACUUAAGCGCAAGCAAAGCGAGUACCACAACUUUGUGCUUCAAUAUUAUCCAACUCGUCAUGACCAAUUACAUGAAGAAACAUUCAGACAGAUACAUAUCGAUAUUCCACGAACAAAUCCUUUAAUACCCAUAUUUCAGCAGAAAGUUGUGCAAGAGAUCUUUGAGCGUAUUUUGUUUAUUUGGGCGAUUCGCCAUCCUGCUAGCGGUUAUGUACAAGGGAUUAAUGAUCUUGUUGUUCCAUUUUUUAUGGUAUUUCUUGCAGAACACACAGACAAAGAGGUGCAAACAUACAAUGUCAGCAACGUGAAAAAAGAAAUUUUAGAUAUGGUGGAAGCUGAUACAUUUUGGUGUUUUUCAAAGUUGCUAGAUGGAAUUCAGGACAACUAUACUUUUGCACAACCUGGAAUACAAACGAAAGUCAAUGCUCUAAAAAAUCUGGUCAAUAGAAUAGAUGCUCCCCUCAAUCAACAUAUAUCUUCACAUAACAUUGAUUAUCUUCAAUUCACUUUCCGCUGGAUGAAUAACUUGCUUAUGCGAGAGUUGCCUCUUAAGGCUUCAAUACGUUUAUGGGAUACUUAUUGGGCGGAGAAAGAUGGGUUUGCCAUGUUCCAUUUGUAUGUUUGUGCUGCUUUGUUAAAACGUUUUUCAAGCGAAAUAAAAAGCAAGACUGAAUUUCAGGGUGUAAUGAUACUUCUCCAAAACCUUCCUUGUAAAGACUGGAAUGACGAUGAUAUUUCUUGUCUAGUAGCGGAAGCUUUUAGACUUCAGUUUAUGUUUGCGGACGCGCCGAAACAUCUUAGUAAAAAAUAGUUAAUAUUGGCUCUUUUAUCUACACCAAACUGCAGCUCGAAGGAACUAAUUUUUAAUCCCCAAUUAUUUUAAUAAAAACUGUGGGUAUCGACUUGAACGUGUUUCCAUCAUUGUAAUUAUCCAUUCUAAUAAUGUUUCUUAUAAUG